AUGGGAAGCGGAAUCAAACACCACCACCACCUGAAUUUUCAUCUUCACUUCCCUCAUGGUCAUUGGAAGAAAGAUGAAUUGAGGGAAAUUCCAAAGGGAUGUUUAGCAGUGAAGGUGGGCCAUGAAGGCGAGGAGCAACACAAGUUCGUUAUUCCAGUGAUGUAUAUAAAUCAUCCAUUGUUCAUGCAGUUGUUAAAAGAAGCUGAAGAAGAAUAUGGAUUUGAUCAAAAAGGUCCCAUCACCAUUCCUUGCCAUGUUGAGGAGUUUCGUAAUGUUCAGGGCAUGAUUGAUAAGGACAAGUCAAUUCAUCACCACCACCAUCAUCAUAUUUGGUGUUUUCAUUAA